AUGGAAGAAAACAGUAAAGAGUUUGAAAUGUCCUAUUUUGGUAGAGGAUAUAUGCAAGCUUCUGUAACCAUUCUACUUCCCCCAUCGACGGGAGAUAGCAUAAUCUCGUUUGCUCAAUUGGAAGCAAGUUUCGAAGGGAACAGAGUAACAACAGAAAAGAAUUAUAACAUUAUGUUAAGCAACUUACUACCACUUAUGAGCAACGAAAUUAGAGACUUAUUAACAGACCCUGUUAGGCCAGGUUCAUAUUCUUCUGUGAAAGAAGAAAUACUAAACAAAACUUCCAGCUCCAAACAGAAACGAUUCGCGAAAUUAUUUAAUAAUGAACAAUUAGAUGAUGCGAAACCUUCUCAACUUCUUAGAAGAAUGAGAGAACUUCUUGGUAGUCAGCUAAUAGAAGAGCCAUUUCUUAAAGUAAUAUUCUUUAAUAAGCUACUAAACAAUAUGCAAACUCUACUUCCUACAGUUAAAGAACAAAGCUCUCUUAAACAGUUAGCAGAUUUGUCAGAUGGUAUAUUGGAUAUAUCAUCAUCAAGUGAAAAUUCAAGAGUUAGUCAAAUUGACAGGGAGACUGUUAAUGCAUUAUCCUCCAUUUCUUCUGAAUUGAAAGAUAUAAAUCGAGAUUACGAAAAACAGUUUAAAAUGCUAACAGAUAAAAUUGAAAAUCUUCAAUUUGGAAGAGACAGCAGGAGUUCUCCUGUUCGUAAUAGUGGAAGUUGGCGUGUUCGUUCAAAAAUUCGAUAG